AUAAAAAACAAUGGCAGAAUCUUCACCAACAUCGACAAAAGCAAGAAAGACCUGGUGACCUGGUUUUAGCUGCUCAGUAUUUCUUGUUAUGCAUUUAUUAGUAAUGUCAUCCUCCAGUGGUCCACUGACUGAGGAGCUUCAGUGCUCUAUAUGUCUGGAUGUGUUCACUGAUCCAGUCACGACUCCAUGUGGACACAACUUCUGCAAGACCUGUCUGAAUAAGUGCUGGGACAACAGUCAGACCUGCAGCUGUCCAUACUGUAAAGAAACAUUCAAUCAAAGACCUGAUCUCAAGAUUAAUACCACACUCAGAGAGCUCGUAGAUCACUAUAAAAAGAAAAGUCCUGAGAAAACAACUGAAGUUCUGUGUGACAUCUGUGAGGAAAGAAAGCUGAAAGCCCUGAAGUCGUGUCUGGUGUGUCAGAGCUCUUACUGUGAAACUCACCUGGAGCCUCAUUUGAGAGUGGCAGGUUUGAAGAAACACAAACUGAUGGAUCCUGUGAGUAAUCUGGAGGACUAUAUAUGUCAGAAACAUGAGAGACCUCUGGAUCUGUUCUGUAGAGAUGAUCAGACAUGUGUGUGUUUGAUCUGCUCUGUGAAAGACCACAAGAACCACAACACUGUUCCUAUAGAAGAGGAGAGUGAAAAGAAGAAGACUGAACUGAUGAAGACACAGAAAGACGUGCAGCAGAUGAUCCAGAACAAACUCAAGAAGAUUCAAGAAAUCAAACACUCAGCAGAAGUCAGAAAAAGAUUUUAUGCUGAACUGCUGGAGAUGAUGGAGGAGCAGCAGAAAGCAGCAGAGAAACAGGAGGAAGAGCUGAUUGAAGAGCUGGAGCAGGAGAUCACUGAGCUAAAGAUGAGAAACACUGAGCUGGAGCAGCUCUCACACACUGAAGAUCACCUCCACCUCCUACAGAUUUACUCAUCCCUGUGCAGCCCUACAAACACCAGGAACUGGCCGGAGAUCAGUGUGAAGACUCAUGAGAGUCUGGAGACUCUGAGAAGAGAUCUGACUCAACUGAAGGACACUAUAGAUGAGAAACUCACACAAACUGUCUCUACAGAGCUGAAGUGGAUGCAGCAGUAUGCAGUGGAUGUGACUCUGGAUCCUGAUACAGCUAGUCCAUAUCUCAUCCUGUCUGAUGAUGGAAAAGAAGUGAGACAUGGAGACAUUGAGCAGAAGCUCCCAAACAAACCAGAGAGAUUUGAUCCAUGUUCCUGUGUCUUGGGAAAGGAGGGAUUCUCCUCAGGGAGAUUUUAUUUUGAGGUGCAGGUGAAGGGAAAGACUGAAUGGGAUUUAGGAGUGGCCAGAGAAUCCAUUAACAGGAAGGGAAAGAUCACACUGAGUCCCAGUAAUGGAUACUGGACUGUGUGGCUGAGGAAUGGAAAUGAAUAUAAAGCCUGUGAUGAUCCUCCUGUCUCUCUGUGUCUGAGAGUGAAUCCGCAGCGGGUCGGUGUGUUUGUGGAUUAUGAGGAGGGUCUGGUCUCCUUUUAUGAUGUGGAGUCCAGCUCUCAUAUCUACUCUUACACUGGUCAGUCUUUCACAGAAAAACUCUAUCCAUAUUUUAGCCCAUCCUUAAACUAUGAAGGUAAAAACUCAAACCCACUGAUCAUCACACCUGUCAAUGAUAAUAAAUGAUUUUAAACUCCUAAUAUGAAAUCUAAUAUUGAAAUAAUGAUUUUUAUAAUUAAGUUGGCUUGAGAAAGAGAACUUACUGAUCUGCUAUUUUCUUCUGAGACUAAAUCUGUCGAUACUAACUCGUCCUAGAGCUUUAACUCUACAAACUCCAA